AUGUCACCUUUUCAGGUCUUGUAUGGGCGAUUACCACCAGAUCUUAUUCCUUAUCCACCCGGAUCUUCAAAUGUGGCGGCUGUGGAUGAGGUAUUGGUAGCUAGGGACACUCUUAUUCGCCAACUAAAAGAUAAUCUGGCUGUUGCUAAGGCUCGUAUGGAGGCCAAGGCGAACAAAAAAAGGCGUGAGGUGAACUUCCAGCCGGGCGAUCAAGUUUUGGUCAAGCUUCGUCCCUAUCGUCAGAUUUCAGUCGCUAAUCGCUUGACUAACAAGCUAUCCAAACGCUACUAUGGUCCGUUUGAAGUAAUCGAACGCGUGGGAAAAGUCGCGUACCGCCUGGCCCUACCCCCAACUAGCAAGAUUCAUCCGGUGUUCCAUGUUUCUAUUUUGAAACCAUUUAACGGCGAUGCACAGGCGGUCGUUGUGGCAUUACCAGCGGACGUUGAGAAAGGACAGCCAGUGGAACAACCCCUCGCCAUUUGUGGUUCUUGCAGGGUGCUGCGCAACGGUGCACCUGUACGUCAAGUGUUGGUACAAUGGACGGGUCGAUCGCCAACUGAAGCAACUUGGGAGUAUUUGGAAGAAUUUCAAGGAGCUUAUCCUACUUACCACCUUGAGGACAAGGUGUUUUCUGAAGGAGAAGGGAAUGAUACAACUGGAGACAUGGAGUCAAGAAGGUCGACAACUGGAGACUUGGAGCCGAGAAGCUUCAGCAAUCUCUCAUCGUCUCUCAAAGUCCUCCAGUACUGCCUGAAUCUAACUGUUUUGGUUCUUACAACCAACUUUUAUGAUGAACAGUUGCCACCUGAUGAUGCUCUACAGUUCAAAGCACUCAAAGCUCUUGUGAUUGCCAAUUACAGGCUCACAGGUAGCAUUCUGCCAUGGCUAAACGGUUUAACACAGUUGCAGUUGCUGGAUUUGUCAUGGAACCAUUUGACAGGAUCGAUUCCAACAUAUUUGGGUGAUUUUAGGUCUCUCUUUUACUUGGAUUUAUCAAACAACUCCUUGUCAGGAGAGAUACCCAAAAAUCUAACACAGUUACAAAGCCUCAUUUCAAGUGAUAUCCUAUUAGAAGAACCAUCCACAGAUUUUACAUUCUUUAAGUAUAAAGACAUGUCAAUGAGCAGAGUGACCUAUCAGUACAAGCAGAUCACCACAUUUCCACCAUUUUUAGACCUCAGUAGCAAACUCCUCACUGGCCGAAUCUGGCUAGAGUUUGGAAACUUGAAAAACCUACAUAUUUUGGAUCUGAACCAUAACAAUUUAUCAAGUUCGAUUCCUGGUUCUUUAUCAAGUAUGAUCAUCAUAGAGACGCUGGAUCUUUCUUUUAACAGUCUCACAGGAACAGUCCCUGCAUCUCUAGUGAGCCUAACUUUUUUUUAUCCAAGUUCAGUGUUGCCUACAAUAAUCUAA